AUGGGCAAACAGGCGGUGGUGAAGGCGGUGACCCCAGUGUCUCGUAGUCGGGGCCCACGCGCAGGUGAUGUUGUCACCUCAGCCUCUUCGUUACUAGUGGCGAAGCAUCUCUACAACGUCUUAAGCAGACGCGGUCCUCAUACAGAUGAAGACUGGACUCCUGGGCCCGAGACUAUCAAUGCUCUGGAGUCUGCCAAGAUCUUGGUAAUCGGGGCUGGUGGCCUUGGGUGCGAGAUCCUGAAGAAUCUUGCACUGUCUGGUUUCAAAGAUAUUCAUGUCAUCGAUAUGGACACCAUUGAUAUCUCAAAUUUGAACCGGCAGUUUCUCUUCCGUCAAGCAGAUAUUGGAAAGGCCAAGGCUGAUGUUGCCGCCGCUUUUGUGCAAAAGCGAGUGAAAGGAGUCAAGAUCACACCCUACGUCGGCAAGAUCCAAGAUAAAGAUGAAGACUACUAUAUGCAGUUUAAGAUCAUCGUCUGUGGCCUGGAUAGUAUCGAAGCCCGACGUUGGAUCAACGCUACGUUGAUCUCAAUGGUCGAUAUGGAUGACCCCGAGAGCCUGAAACCGUUGGUUGAUGGUGGUACUGAAGGUUUCAAGGGCCAAGCCCGUGUCAUUCUACCAACUCUUUCAUCUUGCAUCGAGUGUCAACUCGAUAUGCACGCCCCUCGUCCAGCAGUUCCCCUCUGCACCAUUGCCACUAUCCCGCGCCAGCCUCAACACUGCAUUGAAUGGGCCCACCAGAUUGCAUGGCAAGAGAAGCGCAAAGACGACACAUUUGACAGCGACGACAUGGAACACAUCUCUUGGAUUUACAAUGCCGCUUAUGAACGAGCCCAACAAUUCCAUAUUCACGGUGUCACUUUCCAGAUGACCCAGGGUGUGGUCAAGAAUAUUAUUCCGGCGAUCGCAUCAACCAAUGCUGUUAUUGCAGCGUCCACGACUUCAGAAGUGCUCAAGAUCGCCACUGCCUGCAACCCAUAUCUAGAUAACUACAUGAUGUAUGCUGGCGAAGAAGGGGUGUACACCUAUACAUUCGAAGCAGAGAAGAAGCCCGACUGCCCCGUGUGCGGAAACCUUGCUCGGAAGAUGGAUGUGGAUCCCAAUAUGACCCUGGGAGAGUUUAUCGAUAGCCUCGGAGAAAGGGCCGAGUCUCAAUUGAAGAAGCCUAGCAUGCGAACCGAGGAGAAGACCCUUUACCAGCGCUUCCCGCCUCAGCUGGAGGAAAUGACCCGACCUCAUCUGCAGUUAAAGCUGUCAGAGUUGGUUGAGGAUGGCGAGGAGAUCGCAGUCAGCGACCCUGCAUACACCAUCGACUUCCGCUUCCGACUUAACUUCAAAUAG